AGUUUAUAGUCAGUGUUUAUGAGUUUUGUACUGCAUACUGCAUAGCGUUUAAUUUUUAUUGCGUUGUAUUUAUAUAGUUUCGUGUUCGGUGUUGAAAAAGUGAUAUAGUGAAGUGAUUGAUUUGUAAAGGCAAAUAUUCCUUUACAUGUUUGAAAAGACGAAGUGUGAGAUUGAGGUUGGUGGUAUAAUGAGGCGCAGUGAUUUUAUCGCUCUUUAGCGAUGUGUGGUUUUUAUAAAUUGAAUUGAAGGUGUUUUAAUAAAAUUCAUGGUGUUUCAAAUAAUACUAGGGUCAUUUGUAAAGAAUAGUUCGAAUCAUAGGGUCCACAAACGAGCAGACGGAUUCUAUCAUGGUCGUAAAACGUGCUGCGGACAGUGCCGACUCGCCUAUAUUGGAGGAAGCCGGUGAGAGCGGCUCGGAGCAGAAACCCAAACCGCUUGUCAAAUAUGGAGAGCUCGUUAUACUCGGUUACAACGGCUACCUGCCGGCGGGCGAGCGCGGUCGCCGGCGCAGCAAGUUCGUGCUGUACCGGCGGCCGGCGGCUAAUGGCGUGCGCCGCUCCAAGCACUACGUGGUGAAGACGCCGCACAGCAGCAAGGCCAUCCUCGACGCCAGCCAGCACUCCAUCUCCUACACGCUCAGCCGCAGCCAGGCGGUCAUCGUGGAGUACACCGAGGACCCAGACACCGACAUGUUUCAGAUCGGCAGAUCGUCGGAGUCGCCUAUCGACUUCGUGGUCAUGGACACGGUGGCGGGCGACAAGAGCGGCGACACGAAGGUGCUGCAGAGCACUAUAUCGCGAUUCGCGUGCCGCAUCCUCGCCGACCGCAACGACGUCAACAACUGCCGCAUCUUCGCAGCCGGCUUCGACUCCUCCAGGAACAUAUUCCUUGGUGAGAAGGCGACGAAAUGGACAGAGAACCACGAGAUCGAUGGUUUGACGACGAACGGCGUGCUGAUGAUGCACCCACGCGGCGAUUUCUGCGGCGGCAGUGCCACGUGCGGCCCCUGGCGCGAGACUUCAGUAGGCGGCGCAGUGUUCUCACUGCGGGAGAGCCGCUCGGCGCAGCAGAAGGGUAUGCCGUGCCAGUCGGAGACGAAUGUACUGCGAGACGGCACCAUGAUCGACCUGUGCGGCGCCACCCUAUUGUGGAGGAGCGCCGAGGGACUGAAAAACUCACCGACGAAGCGCGACCUGGAGGCUCUAGUAGACGAGCUGAACGCAGGCCGGCCGCAGUGCCCCGUCGGCCUCAACACGCUGGUCAUCCCGCGCAAGCUGUCCGCCACGCAUCCCGACCUCAACCAGCCCUACGUGUACCUGCACUGCGGCCACGUGCAAGGCGAACACUCGUGGGGCGCGGAGGGCAGCGAGGCGGGCACUCGUCGCUGCCCCAUGUGCCUGACGGCCGGGCCCGUGGUGCGCGUGUGUAUGGGCAUCGAGCCCGCCUUCUAUGUGGACGCCGGCCCACCCACCUACGCCUUCAACCCCUGCGGACACAUGGCGUCCGAGCGGACCGUCAAAUACUGGGCGGGCGUAGACAUCCCCCACGGCACUAACGGGUUCCACGCCAUCUGCCCCUUCUGCGCCGCGCCGCUCGAGGGCUCCCCGGGAUACGUGCGACUCAUCUUCCAGGACAACCUGGACUGAUGUGUCGGGUACACAGACGUGCCUCGUUUUGGCCAGUAACGGCUGAUGCACCGCCGUCGCUCUGCCAUCCCCCCCCUCGCCCCGACACCGACGAAUCUCACGCCACUCGCCUCCAUACGCCAACGACACGAACCGACAUCGCGACAACACUUUUAUAUACACAAAACAUUUUUACUCCUCAGUAACAUUAAGCUAGCACUUGGCUAAUGUUUGGCCAGCGAGAAAAUGCAAUCUUUAUGCCGGCACUUCGCUUGGCUAUUCGUAUUUGCUAUUUGUAAAUUUGACAUAAAUCUUUCCUUUUCAUUCCUUAUAAGGCAUGAUAAAGACAGAGUAUUGUCGAAUUUAUUAGUGUCGGCGCUUCAAUUGGCUAUAUUUGUAAACUUGACAAUAGUCUGUCUUUGUCGUGCCUUAUAAGGAAUGAAAAGGGUAGACUGAUGCCAAAUUUACAAAUAGCAAACACGAAUAGCCAAGUUCCGUCAUUACAGGUCGUGUCAGUUCCUUAUGGCGACCAGAAUAAAGUACAUUUUCGAUCUACAAAAAAAGAGCUCCGAAUAUAAACCCUAAUUCUGUCGCCAUAAGGAGCACGACCUGUCAGAAAGGCAUUCUUUCAUUGGCCGCAUUGUAGCUAUACAUAUUUGCUAUUUGUAAUCUUGAUAGCACUCUCUUCUAAAACUCCAGCAUUAAGGAUAGGAUGCUGUCAAAUGUAUAAAUAGCAAUUAGCCAUGUGAAGUGCUAGGGAGCCGUUCAAGUAUUACGUAAGCAGAUUUAUUACAAUCAUUUACCCCCUCCUCCCCCUCGUCAGCAAAAGGAAGCAAAGCUCUUACCCCUCCCCCCAUCCUUAGGGGCCGUCCAUUAAUCACGUGAUGUUUUUUUGGCAUUUUUUAACCCCCCCUCCCCCUUGGUGAUACAUGGUGAGGUUAAAGUGUAGCCCGCCACCCCCCACCCCAUAUCACGUGUAUUUUUAGUACCUACAAAGAAUCUUAUUUUUUUAAACUUUUAGAGGUAGACAGAAAGGUUGUUUUUGACUGACAUCAAUAUAAUGAAAGAAACUGAAAAACUUUUUGUACUAAUACAUGAACAUUAUUUAAUGUACAGUAUCCUCGGACCACGUAAAUACACGUGAUAUAUUACUACACCCACCAUCCCCCCUUGUGAUAUUUCGUGUUUUUUUAUGGACCCCCCCUCCUUUCGAGCCUCACGUGGAUUAAUGGACAACACCUUACGUAAACAUUGGUACCUAUAUGCAUUUUUCCUUUAAUGUAUUCUGUUUUUUUUAUUGAUUCAUGAGCUUUCAUGAGCUUCAUGAGCAGCAGUACUUAAAAAGGCUUAAUCGAUGAUGCUGACGUAAUCACUUCUCUCUCUCAUCUCUACCCCCCACCCCCCCAAGUCAUCAAAAAUAAGCAAAGCGGAGACCCCCCCUGCCCCCCUAUAGUGCUUACGUAAUACUUGAACAGCCCCUAGUAUGAUGCUGGUACUUCAUCUAACUGUUCGUGUUUGGUAUUUGUAAACAUGCCACUUUUCUUUCCUUGUCACGCUUUAAAAGGAAUGAAAGGGACAGACUGAUUUCAAGUUUACAAAUAGGAAUAGCGUAACGAAAUGCCAAUAUUACAGAUUACACAAUACCCAGGAUUGGACGUUAGAAGACUAGCGAGUGACUGUACUAGUGUUGCUAAACUUAUCGAUAGUGUCGAGAUAUCGUUAUCGAUGAUAGUGUUACGAGACAUCUUUAUCGAUAAUGUCGAGUUUACAAAUAGCAAACACGAAUAGCGGAAUGAAAUGCCAAUAUUACAGAUUACACAAUACCCAGGAUUGGACGUUAGAAGACUAGCGAGUGACUGCACUAGUGUUGCUAAACUUAUCGAUAGUGUCGAGUUUACAAAUAGCAAACACGAAUAGCGUAAUGAAAUGCCAAUAUUACAGAUUACACAAUACCCAGGAUUGGACGUUAGAAGACUAGCGAGUGACUGUACUAGUGUUGCUAAACUUAUCAAUAGUGUUGAGAUAUCGUUAUCGAUGAUAGUGUUAUUGCAAGACAUCUUUAUCGAUAAUGUCGAUACUGCGAAUUGGCCAACGCUAAUUUCGAUUUAUUUGGUACUUUGAUGCGGGGAGUUUUAUGUAACUGAAGACGAGUCUUUCAGCAUUGAUUUUUGUAGUGGCAAUACAGUGAUGGGUUUGAAAAGGACGACCUUUUUUGGACAUAGUCCUUAUUUGUGACGAAAUUCUCUUAAAGAUAGUUGCUGCGCAGUUCUAUAACAUAUUAUUAUUUGUAAAUAAUGCAAUUCUGAGUUUUCACCGAACCUUCGCUGUACUUGUCUAUGGUUCUUCCUCACCCGAUAUUUUGACCAAAGACAGUCUCUCUGACGAGUGUUUCAUAGUAUUCAGAUGAAACCUCUCGAAUCGUUUAGGUGCCAGUUGGUGUCAUACAAACAUACAUACAUACAUUCAUCAUCGGGAUAUUGUAAAUUGUUCUCUUAGUGUUGUUUUUUAUAAGAAAAACUAGAAUAGAGAUUUCGUUAGCGUUAAUGGAAAUGUUUUGUGUAAGUAAACUUUUUGUGCGAAAUGUAAAACGCGGCUUUGUUUCAUAUAGAUUGAUUGAAUAUCGGAAAUGGAAGUGGUUUAUAAUAUGAAUUAGUACGACGCGACUUAUGUAUAGCAUAUUUUAUAUCGUAUUACUAGUUACACGGUCGCACUCAGAGACGUAAAUUAAGUUGGAUUAAAGUUGAUGCCUCCACUUUCUUCGCAAUAGGGAUGAUGACUAAUUUUUUUGAGUGAAUUUUCACUAAUAAGUGUACUCAAACGUGACGUCACGAGCCCCUACUCCCAAACUUUGACGCGCUAUAACUUUGUCAUAUUUUGGUUGAUUGCCCAAAGAAAAAAUACGUGUCCAUUAUUUUUUCAUCAUCUAACUGACGGACUAAAUAGAAUUUCGUUUACUGUACCCCGUCAUCAUCCCUAUUGGCGAGAAUAAGGCAACACUCGACUUAGGAAGGAUUGAAUUUAAUUGACAUUUCCGAGUGCGGCUAAAAGUGUCUGUAUGGUAAUGUAAGUUUAUAGCACGACCCCGAUUCACGGGGGAUAGGUAUUUAUUCAACGCGGCACUUGGACGAAUCUACACACGCUUGUAAUACUAAAGAAAUGACUUUAUGGUACCUUUUCCUAUGAUUUCUGACCCACUAGCCUGUCUAAUCGCUUAAAAAUGUUAAAACAACAAGACAGACAAGUUUUCCUUUGUAGAAAAUGCGUAAUUCACUGAGGACCUUCAAAUAAAAUGUAAAACUGUUUUGAUAAGGAUAAAAGAUUUUUGAAAUUUGACUCUUAUUUUCAGUGUAAUAGGUCAUUUUAUUUAGACGAAAUUGAAUUUCAAGUUUGUGAUAGAAAUGAGACAUUUUUAUUUCAUUUAGGAUCUAAAUCUGGUUGUAAAAAUGUUAUUUAUGGACAUUCUAAUUUAGAUAAUUAUUUAUCAGGUUUUAAUCCAUAAUUUUUAUAACAAUCUGCGUGUGGCGAUUCGUCGAAGACACAGCAAAAUUCAUCGGAUAAGUGUUAAAUUUAAAAAAAGGAAAUUAUAAUGACAAAAAAAAAAGAAAUCUAUUUAACGCUUUGUACAUUGCUGUGUUGAUUUCUGAUUUGUAAUUUGAGAAUGAAAUCGGGGAAUAUAAUUUUGCUCGUUCAACAUAGUGUUUGUCCGUGUUAUUCGUAUCGUAGUUACUUCACAAAUAAUAUUUGAGCAUCUUUCACUAUUAAAAUGUUUUGAGUUCGUUUUUAACAGAUGUGAAAUAUGAUGCAAUGACACAUUAUAAAAGGUUGAUUUAUUGAAGCGGACAUUAAUAUAAUUAUAAUGAAAUAAUCGUAAAGAUAAUGAUUUGUAAAUACGAACACGUUUGUAGUGUUAAGUAAUUUAUGUAACGUGUGGUAUGCUUGAGUAUAUGGAUUUAUGAUGGGGUAUGUUUUGUUUAAUGUCUGUGUGUCCGUUAACGCGUGUUAAACGGUGAUUUUUUAAUACAAAGUUAAAUAGCAGUGACAUUGUUUUAAUAAAGAUAAAUAAUAAUAUGUUCUGCUAGCUCAUUUCUAGCUUGCUAUUACUAUAUUUUGUAUGUUAAUAAAGUAAUAUCUUCAACUUCAACAUAGUUCAGCCAUUUUUUUUUUAAUAAUUUGAACAACUUUUUUACAAUAAUAAGUUAUUUGUGAAGAUUACAGUAGUACCACAAAAAUAAGUUUACAGCUAUACAACUGGCCGAUGUACAUUUAAAGGUGUGAAAAUAUUUUUGGCCGAAGAUUUAACACACGUUAACAUUGCCACGACAAUUUCAACCUUACGUAUAUUACAGCAAGAUCUUAUUGAAUCUGUGUAAGCGUCGGCUUGUAUCGGGUGAUAGCAAACGCUGAUUUGGCUUUUAACUUAUUUUGUGCUAUUUCUAUUGGAUGAUUUGAAAACAUUUUUCUCGUAUAAGGCGGAACUAUGUUGAGGGAUGCACAGACAGACGAUUUGUAAACGUUUAUGUUAGUUAAUGUACGCUUAAAGUCUCGGUAAAUAUACGUCGCGACUCUCGCCUCGCGUGAUACUACAAUAUGCCAUGUAUUUUAAGCCUGCAAACCACUCAAUUUUCGUUCUUAAUAAUGUUUUGGGAGUAGUGACGUUUUCCUGUCAAUUUAUCCCUUUUUUUCGGUUACAAGUUGAGAAACCACCGUAUCCUGAAAGAAAGCUGAUUAGUAACAAGAUAUUAUCUUAUGUUUGCAGCAAUACGGUUCAUUAUCGCACCAAAAGUGUAUUCUCGCUUCUCGUUAAAAUUUCAGUUAAAUAAGUUUGCUCCCAGAAAGUCAAAAAUUCACAAUCUGAAGUUUUGCACGGAUUCCAUGUAGCGAACGACUCCUAGUAGAUGUAAGUCCUGGGUGUCAACUGGCUAACUUCAUUGCUGUAGUAACUGCUAUAGUUUUCGACCGCCCCCCACGACAACGGCUAACUAAAGCCGUGGUCCGAGUCUCUGAGACGCCCUCUAGUUGAGCCGACCCCCUCAGGUGCUCGUGGUCUGGAGGCUCCAGACGGGGAGGAGACUCCCCCCGUGGGGAGAUGCCAUCCGCCUGGAAUAACUCUAGAGGCACUCGCCAAUUCUCGGCUUGAGGUCCCCUUAGGAUCUCGCCGUCCCCAAACCCAGUGACGCUGUAAUAGUUUGCGAAGUCAUCACUGUAUUUUUUACCGCUUAAGAUAGCUGAAAUACUUUUGAAAUCAAACCUUGGUCCUUCGAGCCAGGAUGAUUCUUCAUCUAUAGAAGUAACUGCAGCGAUGAAGUUAGUCACUUGAGCCUCGGAGAGUGAUUAAUGUUAACUCAGCUGUCGAUCUCAGAGGAGCUUAUCGUAACAAACACCACUGAGGCAGAUUGUACAAUUUGAUAUAACUCGGGUCAUUAUAGUCGGAGAGCCAGAGCGGGGAUUUUUGGAUUUACUCAAGCGCGGUAUAUUAAUAUAUGGGGGGCAACCUUGCCUCUUGUGAAGGACUCCCACCAUAUCUGAGUCCUCUAUGUAGUAACGAACAUCUAUGGCAGCAAAAACAAAAUUUCAACAAACGGCUACGAGAUUUCUCGCGUCUAAAUCGUCAGUCUUUUGAAUAGGGAUUCACGUAACAUAUUUGAGGAUGGAAAAAAUAGCGAUCUGCUGGUUUGCAUGGUGUGGAGGUGGCCGUACGAAUUUUUUUGCUGCACGUUGAAAGGAAUUCACAAGGGGCAAGGUUGCCUUCCAUAUGUUAAUCUGCCGCGCUCGAGUAAAUCCAAUAAUCCCCACUAGGGCUCCCCUACUAUUAAAGAAACGAAUCAAAAAUGGCGUCGUCACUUGCGAUUCCUUCCUUUAAUACCCCGUUCUAAUGAUGAGGAUUGUCCAAUCUGCAGUCGAGCCUAUAUACUGGCGAGGCAUUGUAUAAAUAAAUAAUGUAAGUUGGUUAUCGUAGACAUUAUUGUUAGCUUGUACGUACGGAGUAUGGAGCGUUUAGUUUUUGUACAAUUUCACUAGUUAGUGGACGACACGUAUAAUGGAUGCCUUCGAGACGACAUACAGAUAUUUUUAGGCUAUACAGAUAUUGUGAAACCGUUGUCUUUACAAACUUUACUUUAUCAAAGGCCAUUCUCAAUACCUUAUCCUUUUUCAAAGUUUUAAUGGUUCUUAAUAAGCUAUCGUCUUUAAGUGAUCUCUGGUAAGGCUAUCUUUGACCGUGGAUAAGGCAUUCAGUAUGACCGAAAAUGCUAAUUGCACAUAGCAUUACGAUUGUUUAAGGCUAGAAUUUUUGGUAAAAAUGUAAAAAGCUUAUUUGAAAGAGUGUUUAAGUAAGUGGUUAUAUCACAUUAGGUAUUUCAUAUGCCUGUUAGUGUUGAGUUGGACGGGCACGCCCACGUGACAGUAAAAAGUCUACUUUAACCUGCGUUUGCGCAAUAACUUUGACAGGUAACUAAGCUGUGUUUAGUUUAUAAUCUUAAAAAGAUAAUAUUAUAUGAAAAGUAACAAACUUUAAACUUAAAAGUUAAAUUGAUACCAAAUUCAAUAUCGACCCAAUGAAAUAAAGCAUAAUUAUUUAUUUUAUUUCCUAGCGAACUUUAGCUGCUUAUCCCAGUGGUUUCGUGAACGCAGCCUAAAUGUGGUGUGAACGUGUUGUAAAAAUUACUUUGCACUAAAUACAUACAUGUUUCGAUAUAAUUAGAUUUAUUUUUCAUUAGGGCGAGUCCGUUACGUUGACGCGUGUAGAAUGCUUACGCCGACUGUUCUGUAUGUCACGUUGCAGUUGUGAAACUCGGCGAAUACGUUUGCAGUACGAAAAUAACUCUUAAUUGCAACGCAAUACGAGCGCUUUCAACGAGUCGUAAACGAUAUAAAAAUAUAUGUUUGCAGUACGAAAAACGCUCUUAUUGCAACGUGAUACAAGCGCAUUUAACGAAUAUUGAUACAAAAUCGAGUUAUGCUUACUUUGAUAUGCACGUCGCAUUUUCCCAAGAUUCAGGAUAUCACAACUGCCGCGUGACACAUUCUUCUUGUUCUAACAUUAUUAGUGGUAAUAAGAACUGAAUGCUAGCCUUAAUUUUUAUUUCUAAGUGCUAGGAUAAUAAAUUGCUCUUUUGAGUUAGAAAAUUGACUUGAUGUUUUAUUCAACUUAAACCUAUGUAUUUGCAUUACAGGCAGUCCUCGUACUUACGGCAUGUUAGGUUCUUGAAAUACGCGACGUAAAUCGAAAUGACGUAAGUCGAGACAUGCCCACGGACGCCGGCCCCACGGAUAUUGACCUGCUACAAGUGAAUUCUCCUAUGCCGGAAAUCGAAACAAUUGGCGUAUGCUUGAGGAAUAGUGUCAAAACAUUGUUUGACGUAACUUGAAACGACGUAAAUCGAAACGACGUAAGUCGAGGACUGCCUGUAUAUAGUUGUAGAAAAAAACGGACAUGUGUUGUUCACAUGCGAUAGAAGUGAAACCUACAAAAAUGUGAAAUCUGUGUUAAAAUCUAACUCUAGGUCAAAUUUAAAUACUUCAUACUUAAAUUGUUUUGAAAAAUAAAUAAUAGAUUAAUAGUAGGAAAAAAAACAAUAAAAGAAAACACCGAGCUCAGGAUUGAACCACAGAUCAGUUGGUGUCGACCCCAAGACCGCUACCAUUCGGCUGUCUGGCUCUUGUAGCAAGUGAUAAAUUUACGGAUACCUAUCUUGUGUCAAAUACUCAAAUUCCGUUUCAUCUAAUCAAGUCACAACGGUACUAUAGAAUGAUUUUAUUUAUUUUUUAAGCA